GCUGCUUCCCCCUCUCCCUCCUCCUCUUCCUCUUGCACAGUUUUAUAACCGGAUGGAUAGUUGCAUAAUUCUUGUGUCCGUCAGCAAGAAAAAAAAAAAAGGAUUUCAUCAGGAAGUGUUUGACAGCAUGACCCCGGGACCCCUGUGUGAGUUCAUAAUGAGAGGUGGUGUAUAAAAGAGAGAGGGGCCACAGUCUGUCUGCACGAGGACACUGACACACAUCCAGAUAGAAGAUGAGUUUUCCAGCUCUGGUCUCUCUCCUGCUGGUCAUUUCUUCUGUCCAGGCCUUCCAGUACACRGACCUGGUGCAGUACGUAGACAGCCACCAAGAACAAUAUGUGCAGACCCUCAGGGACUGGGUUGAGAUUGAAAGCGACUCCAGCAACAUCCUGAGAAGACCUGACCUCCAUCGUAUGAUGGAGGUGGUGGCUCAGAAGCUGCGGCUCAUGGGAGGAACCGUGCAGCUCGUCGACAUUGGAGAGCAGGAGCUUCCUGACAAUCAGACGGUGGAGUUGCCUAAAGUUGUGACGGCUGAGUUUGGUAAUGACACCARCAAACACACUGUGUGUGUCUACGGACACGUUGACGUCCAGCCGGCCAAACUGGAGGACGGCUGGGCUACAGAGCCCUACAACCUGACAGAGAUCAACGGAAAUCUGUAUGGAAGAGGAGCUUCAGACAACAAAGCUCCAGUUCUGGCCUGGAUUCAUGCUGUGGAGGCUUAUCAAGCCCUCCAGAUGGAGUUACCGGUAAAUGUGAAGUUUGUCAUCGAGGGUAUGGAGGAGACGGGGUCUAACGGUCUGGAUGCCAUGAUCCUGGCCCAGAGAGACACGUUCUUCUCAGAUGUGGAUUACAUCAUCAUUUCUGACUGUGGCUGGAGGAGCAGACGGCCGGCCCUCACGUAUGGCACCAGAGGAAACUGCUACUUCUUUGCUGAGGUUGAAGGACCUAAACAGGACUUGCAUUCUGGUGUUUAUGGAGGAGUUGUGAUUGAACCAAUGACUGAUCUGAUUGGUAUUCUUGACACACUCAUCAGCCCCAGUGGAACGAUUCUGGUUCCUGGGAUCAGGGAAGCCGUGGCUCCGCUGACGGAUGAAGAAUGGAAACUGUACCAGGAUAUCGAGUUUGACAUCGACAACUACAAGGAGAAGAUUGGUGUCAGUCAGCUSAUGUACAACAACAAGGUGGACCUGUUGGCUCAUUUGUGGCGUUACCCCACUGUCUCCAUUCACGGUAUCCAAGGUGCCUUUUCUGCCAGUGGUACCAAGACGGUCAUUCCUGCUAAGGUUACUGCCAAGUUCUCAAUAAGACAAGUACCUGACAUGGAUCCUGCUAUGGUCAAGAAACAGGUAACAGAUUACCUUCAUUCAGUGUUUGCCAAAAGAAAGAGUCCCAACAAGCUGAAAAUCUCCAUGGUGAWUGGGGCAAAGCCCUGGCUGGCUGACACCCAACAUCCUCUCUAUGAGGCAGGAAAAGCAGCUGUCAAGAAAGUUUUCAACAUAGAUCCUGAUUUGAUCCGUGAAGGUGGAACCAUCCCCAUAGCCAGAACCUUCCAGGAUGUGACGGGGAAAAGCAUCAUCAUGCUGCCCAUCGGAGGCUUCGAUGAUGGACUACACUCUCAGAAUGAGAAAAUGAGCAGCUAUCUAUCUAUCUAUCUAUCUAUCUAUCUAUCUAUCUAUCUAUCUAUCUAUCUAUCUAUCUAUCUAUCUAUCUAUCUAUCUAUCUGCACUGUUGUUAUUCUGGUUGUUGGUCAUGUAAUAAAAAGCAUAUUGUAAGAAAA